ACGGAUGUUUUCUCUCUCUAAAUAAAGGGAAAAAACAGUAAAAACAAUGCGAACAAUACUGGCUAACAGAUAUUGUAAACGCUUGGUUACAGUUAGACCUAUUGUACGAUGUUGGUCAAAGAUAAGCAGUGGACAGUCUAGAAUAUUAUCUAUUUUAUAUGGUUCUAGACGGUUUAUUGGGUCUAAAGAGGGGUUCAAUGGGUUAUGGGGGAAGGGUGUUGAUGAACGAUGGAAUUAUACCAAGAUUCAAUGGUAUUCGAUACCUCUUACGGUUGGUAUAGUGUAUGUAGUUUUUGUGCACUAUAGAAAUGUGAGGAAGAAGUAUAAGACAGAGGAUGUAUUAGAGGAGAAUGAUAGGAGGGUUUCAGAUGAUAUUCAUGUAUGUGGUUUUUGGCAGUUUUAUAUUUUAAGGUCACUUCCUUUGAAAGCGCUUUCUAGGAUAUGGGGAAAAUGUAGUGAAAUUACGCUUCCGAUUUGGAUGAGAGUUCCUGCAUUUAAAUUUUAUGCAUGGGUAUUUGGAUGUAAUCUUUAUGAGAUGGCAGAACAAGAUCUUAGAAAAGUUAAGAAUUUUUCGGAAUUUUUUUAUAGAGAAUUGAAGCCAGGAGUACGUGAAAUUGAUAAUGAUGCAUUGAUUGUUUCACCGGCAGAUGGAAAAGUGCUUCAUUUUGGGUUAGUUGAAGGACGAAGGAUUGAACAGGUUAAAGGAUUAUCGUAUUCUUUAGAUGCAUUGAUUGGUGAUUCUUCAACUUUAUCUAAUAAUGAGAUUGUCUUUGAUAAAAAUUUUGUUAAAGCUUUAGAAGAAGAAAUGCAUUUUUCAGGAACGAAUGGGAUUUCACAUUCACAUAUGCUUUAUAACGAAAAUGGGAAAAAAUAUGGAAUUCAUGUAAAUAUUGAUAAUGCUAAUAAAAUUGGAAAGGAUAUUAUACUUGGAUAUGACAUUAUGGAUAGGUUAAAAGAAGGGAAUAGUUUGUAUUUUGCUGUUAUAUAUCUUUCUCCUGGCGAUUAUCAUCGUUUUCAUUCUCCUACAAAUUGGGUUGUAGAAAAACGGCGUUAUUUUUCAGGGGAACUUUAUAGUGUUUCUCCAUAUUUUGCUAAAAGAAUAACCAAUCUUUUUAUUUUGAAUGAAAGAGUUGUACUUCUUGGACAGUAUCGCUAUGGAUUUAUGAGUAUGAUACCUGUCGGUGCUACAAAUGUUGGUAGUAUUCGUAUAGAUUUCGAUAAAGAUUUCAAAACCAAUGUUGUGGAAAAGAAUGCUCCAAAAGGAACUUAUACAGAAACAACAUAUUCUACAUUUUCGGAUUUCUUAAAAGGUUAUCCUUUACGAAUAGGUCAACAGAUGGGAGGAUUUAAUUUUGGCAGUACGAUUAUUUUGAUUUUUGAGGCUCCUCAAGAUUUUGAAUUUUUAGUUUCUGAAGGAAGUAGGAUUCUUAUGGGUCAAUGCUUAGGAAGAGUUAAUAAUAGUAAAGUUUAUUAAGUAUAUUUUGUAAAAAUUUUGGUUUUAUUAGUCUUAAAAAUAUGUU